CCGCCCGCUGCCGCGCCGGCUCGCGAUUCACGGGCGAAGGCGCGCACCGCACCAAGGAGCUCAGUGCGCGAGCUAGCGUGAUACGGAAUGAUCGUGUGGUGCGUUUUGCGCGGACAUUGACUCUGCGAUUUAUUUUUUUAAUUCAACGAUUUAUACCGCCAGAAUUAAAAACUUUUGGAGUAUAAUUUCGAGUAAAACUAAAAAGUAUUUAUUUGAAAAGUUGACUUUUAUGCAGUUCGCGCAGAAUUUUGACCAAAACUGUGUAUUUCCGUAUAGACGCAAAAAUUAAAAAGUGAAGAAGACUUCGAAACAAAGGACUGUUUUGUACAUUUUCGCAACAUUUGCGAAAUUGUGUUCAAAAAUUUUAUCUGGCUGCUUAGAAAAGGGCAUAGUAAAAAAUACAGCCCUCAGCCAACUAGUUCGGACACAAUCUGUGGUCAACUAACGAAAAACAAACACGCAACGACUUGCAAAAUUAUCAAAACAUCUCUAUGUAUGUAAACAAGUUUUCAUAAAAUUCUAGUACAGAAUUAUCGUGGACAUUUCGAAAUCUUAUCAAAAAAUUACAGUGAGUUCGUCGACCUUCCAAAUUCGUGCUUCAGUGAUUACGUUCGCAGAUUUUACCCAAGAAAUUAGAAACCUGGAUUGAGUGUUCGAGCUAGUUUUGCAUGAUGUCUACUGCCAUAAUGCAUCAGUCUGCGCUGUACGACUUUGGUGAUCUGUUCUUGAAGGUAAGAUUUACGCCACUUUCGAGCUUGAUGCGAUAAGUGAGCCCAGACUACCUUGACAAUGGUGCAUUAACUGCAAUUAAUCAAACUCGUCCAGUGCAGACGAUGAACAGCGCCCUCGCGCCCGUGAGCGGCAGCACCGUGGUGGGCGGCGCGGGCUGGGAGCAGCACCCGGCGCUGGCGCGCGCCGCGUCCGUGCCCGCGCACCGCGCGCUGGCCGGCCUGCUGGACCGCCUGGGCCACCGCCGCCUCGAGCGCACCGCCAGCGAGCCCGCGCCGCCGCCGCCCGCCACCAGCCGCUACAAGACCGAGCUCUGCCGCCCCUUCGAGGAGGCCGGCGUCUGCAAGUACGGCGACAAGUGCCAGUUCGCCCACGGCAUCCGCGAGCUGCGCAACCUCCAGCGCCACCCCAAGUACAAAACGGAGCUGUGCCGCACCUUCCACUCCGUCGGCUUCUGCCCCUACGGCCCGCGCUGCCACUUCGUGCACAACGCCGAGGAGGCGCGGCGCCGCGAGCCCCCGUCGCCCGGCGGCUCGGUGGCCUCGCUGUCCUCGGGCGUGUCGCUGGGCUCGUACAUGAGCGACGGCUCCCGCUCGCCGCGCUCGCCGCACUCGCCGCUCACGCCGCAGUCGCCGCUGACGCCGCACUCGCCGCCCGCGCUGUCGCCGCCCGCCGGCGCCACCGCCUUCGCGUUCCGCCGCACGCAGUCGCCCGACCCCGAGGAGGAGCGGCUGCCGGUGUUCAACCGCCUCUCGGCCGCGUUCGGCGACCUCAUCAUCGCCUAGGGCGUUGCGAUCGCCUAGUCUUAAGUUAAAUUAUACCGAUCAUAGCGUAAGGACCGUCUGUCACCGCAGUGCCUAUUCGACGUCUUCCAGACCGCGCCCGAGCGCCGUCCCGCUCCGCGCAUCCGCACACUCGCUCAACGAAUGAUCUCCAGUUUGUCGAUUCUUCUCAUUACUUCGCCCUGUAAUUUAUAAAGUUAAAGAAGUUUACUGGCGUCUCGAAAGUUUGCGGUGUGAAUAUAGUGAUUACGUACAUCUUUAGUUAUCGGCACGCACUUGUAAAUGGCACCUUAUAUUGUUAGAUAUUUAUUGCGUAGCUCGCGGAAGUCUUCCCGAUGCGAUCCUCCGCCGAGCGGUGGUCUCUGUAAAGUUAGCUUAUAGAACAUUUAUUUAUUUUGUACUGCCUAUCCGCGCUCGGUACCGUACCGCGAGAAGGCGCUCGUGAUCUAUUUUUAAGGGUUUAAGAUAAUAAUUUAUUAUUUAUUUCGAGUCUCUUUAACUGUAAUAAUUAUUUUUACGUACUAGCAGCUGCGAUGCCGCACCGCAUACGGACGGGGCCCGCGUCACCGGGACGUGGCUCUGGCAACAAGGAUCGAUCGAUCUCGCUCCCAGAUUCAAUGCAUUACCCCGACCAGCUCGUCCAGUGGGAAGUGAUCAAUCGAUUUACUCGUACAUCUCGGGAGUUCGCUGGGCCGAGCGCCGCGCCGUUCUCGGGCGGCGGCGUGCUCACCCGUGGCCGACACCGCUAGCGAUCUCAAUCACCCGCGGCCCAUUUGAGAACGGCGAUGUAAUCCUGCGGCGCGCCGCUAGCGGCUCGUCUGCGCAGGAUUUUUUCGUUUUGCGUCGUGCGAGGAGGGCGGGCAGCGAGCUGAAACCUGUUUGGGUUUUGGUGAUUGUUUUUUUCGUCCUCGAAGCGCACUCUCGAGUCCCUCUCGCUCCGAUGCCCGACGAGAUUGCGUUCGGGCGCUCGCAAAAAAUGACAGAAACCUGAGAAAACGCCCGCCGAACUCCCGAGAUUUCGUGCCGAUGAAUUUUUAUAGAGAUAUAACUUGAAUACGGUAACAUGAAGCAUGUUUAUAUUAGGUGCGGGCCGACGGACUUACCCCGCGCGCUUCCCCCGUCGCGCCCGCAUCCCUUACAAAGAGUGCCUUUUACUUUAUAACAAAAUAAAUCGAUUAUAAUAUUUAAUUUUUAGUUGAUCGAGAUAGAUUGAUUGUUUAUUUAUUGUCUCUUUUGAAUAUAAAAUUCAAAUUGGCACAGUUAUUACUUUUGUACUUUGACAGAACUAAGUGAUUAGUUUGGACGUAGAAUAGUUUCUUCUUUGAAUAAAGUGUGAUAUUUUAUAAUAUUUAUAUUACAAAGUUUAAAGUUUUAAUUAAGGGACCAAUAUAAGUGAUUCGAUUAGGAGAAAUUCUGAUAGAAACAGACAGAUAAGUAGAUACGCUUUCGAUUCUUACCAAGAGACUGUAUCCUCGCGCCACACAUACAUAUAUUUUGUUAUACUGUUUGUAACCAGAUGUACUGUACGAUUUUGUAUUGUAUCCAUCCAAUAAAAUAGCAUUUGACCACUAGUGGUUUUGUGUUUGUUAUUGACAGCUCAUAGAACCGAGACGGUGUUUUUUGUUUUGUUUUACUAUUUUAGUUUCAGUUUUUCUCCGUGUCUAAAGAGAGACGUAUCGUGACCACGAAGGAUAAUAAUUUUGUACCUAAUGUUAAGGAUCCUAGUUGUAAGCGUUUUCAUAAAGUUCGCGAAUAUUAUUUAUUAUCAGUUCAUUACGAAUUAUAAACCAUUAAAGUUGAUUUAUUUAAUUUCUUUUGUAUUUAAACGUCAUUUAAGUACGAAUAUUGUAACUUAAUGUUAGUAAUAUAUCAUCAGUCAUUUAAUGUAACAAGCAUUAGUUUAAAACUCUAGUACCUAUGUCAGUUGUAAUUAAGUAUUUAAUUUUUUAAUUUAAUUCCAAUUAUAAGUUAAUCUUCCAAAAAUUGACUACGUAUUCUAUUUCUUAUGGACAAAAACAAAUUAAGGCUAAAGCUUGUUUAUGACAUUUUUUUUCUUGUAAGUUUUCCUUAUUUCCAUCUGCAUUUUUAUUGAAUUAUAGUCAAAAUAUGUUA